AUGUCCUUCCCGUACAAGCACUUCCUCAUAAUCGGCGCAACCUCAGGCAUUGGCCGCGCCGUGGCCGAUCGCCUCAUCGAGAACGGCGCCAAAGUGAUUGCCGUCGGCCGGCGCAAGGACCGCCUCGACGAAUUUGUGGCCAAGCACGGUGAGGACAAGGCGUCGUCCAUCGUCUUCGACAUCAGCCAGCUUGAUAAGAUCCCGCAGUUUGCAAAGGACGUCGCGGCAAAGUACCCCGACCUCGACGGUGUUUGGCUCAAUGCCGGUCUCCAGCGACAAUAUGAUAUGGCCAGUGAUGACUGGGACUUUGAGAGCUUCCAGAACGAGUUCCAUGUGAAUGUGUUUAGCAUCGUGGCGCUUGCGCGUGCAUUUUUGCCGUACUUGAAGUUGAAGGCUGAGACUGUGCCUGCUAGUCUUAUCUUUACCGGUACCAACCUGUCUAUCAUUCCCAUGGCCUGGGCGCCGGGCUACUCCGGGUCUAAGGCGGCACUGAACGUUUUCAUACUUUCGCUGCGUGGACAGUUGAAGGGCAAGAGCAAGGUCAAAAUCAUCGAAGUCAUGCCUCCUGCGGUUCAAACCGAGCUACACGACUAUAUGGGAGAAAAAGGCGCCACACUUGGAAUGCCAAUCGAUCAAUUUACAAACGAGGCAUUCGAGGGUCUUGAAGCGGGCAAGGAUACAGUUGUUGUGGGGUACAUCCCGCCUCGGGAGGUGUUCUUCGACAUUCUUGAGAAACGGCGCAAGACGUUUGAGGGGCUGACAGACGCAACUCGGCCUCAUAUGGAUAGAAUAUACAUGAAUAGCGGCAUCUCAUCCCCCUCCCCCACUUUUCUAUCCUCCGAGCCAUCUUCAACUUUCAAUCUUCAGCUUUUCUCAUUGUACACUCGUUACACCUUAUACAUCACUCAUUCUUUCUCUGUGUCGCUUAUCGAUAAAACAAAAACACAAGAAACAAUGGCGCCAAUCCCAAUAACAAUCCUAACGGGCUUCCUGGGCUCAGGAAAAACCACCUUAUUGUUAAACCUCCUCCCGCAACUCCCCAAAACCUACAAACUCGCACUCCUAAAGAACGAAUUCGGCGACGUCGCCAUCGACUCCCAACUCGCCUCGACCUCCGCAAUCUCCGGCGUCCGCGAACUCCUCAACGGCUGCAUCUGCUGCAACCUCGUCGGGCAGCUCUCCGACGCGCUCACGCAACUUCGCUCCGAAAUCUCCCCACCACCAGACCGGAUCAUCAUCGAGACAUCGGGGAGCGCAUUCCCCGCAACGCUCGCGAUGGAAGUCAACCGGCUCGCGCGCGAGUCUCCGCCGGGCGAAGGGUAUAUCCUCGAUGGGGUCGUGAGCGUCAUUGACGUCGAGAAUUGGGCUGGGUACGAGGAUACGAGUUACACGGCGAAGAUCCAGGCGCGGUAUACGGAUUUGAUUGUGUUUAAUAAGUGGGAGGGGGUUUCGGAACGCAGGUUCGAUGAGGUCCUUGAUCGCGUCGGGGAUCUGGGGGUUGAGACGGCGUGGGUUAAGAGUGAUCGUGGACGGGUGGAGAAGGGGGUUCUCUUGGGGAUUGAUGGGGCGUUGGUUGCGAAGGAGGGGAUUGUGCUUGAGGAUGGUGAGCAUGGGCAUGGACAUGAGAAUGGGGACGGGCAUAAGCAUGAUCACCAAAGUGAAGUCGAAGUCCUGUCCCUCACGCUACGCACCGGAUCCAAUGGCGAAACCGGGACGGUUGAUAUCCCCGCUCUCGAACGACUUCUCUCAACAGCCUCCAAGGAAGAAGUCUAUCGGAUCAAGGGCAUCCUGCGGACCUCGCCGCUGACACCCCCCGCUACGUCCUCAGAUAACCUCGAUGAGCGGCCCGCAACGGCGGGUGACGGCAAGGCUAAAGCGGCGUACUAUAUUCUGAACUGGGCGUUUGGGCGCUGGACGUGCACUCCAUCGGAAACUGUUGCAGAGGCGUCUGAUCCGACUGUUCUGGCGAGGAUUACGCUCAUCCUUGCGCGCUAUGAGAGUGCGAAGUGGAAGAAGAAGUUGGAGGCUGGGGAUUUGGUCAAGGGGCAGGGCGGGAUUGGGGAGUUGAGUGUUGAGCGGCUUGUAUAG